AUGGCGUCCACAUCAGCUUGGCUUUUCCUUAUGCUCUGUCCCUCUCUGUUUUCUUACGUCUACGCCGCUCCUGACGAACAUCUGCACGCGCGAGGUGCACCGCCCACUCCGUUCUGGCGUCGCAGCAGUGUCCCUUCUGUUGGUUUCUACAACCCCACAAGUAACGGUGGUCAAUGGCUCACGCAAGUGCAAGACACCUACCCGCCGGGGCAGGGCGAGCCAAUUAAUGUUGUAAUCUCAGGGGACUCUGAUACCGCCGUGCUUCAGAACCAGGAGAUAAAUGGCGGGCUGCUCAACUAUUUCAUCUCCUUCGGAUACUCAACAGAGUGCUUGGGUCAACACCAGGGUGCACCCCAGGCUGCCAAUCUCGGCGACGGGCUGAAUUUCGUGAACCAAACGGCUGAGAUACGAUGGGAUUACGGCAACCCAGAAUUGGGCACGUGCGAGGAGACGAUUGAGGGAGGUAGCCACUUCCGGUACUGGUCUCAGGACGGUAGCCAAGCAGACAGUAAUGCUGUCUUCAUGGCUUCAUCGUACGAGCUGCCCGAAACCGAUCAGCACAAUAUCAUCUUUAAUGGCUACAAUCUUGGAAGAGAUUGGCUUGUGGGCAACGUGACGAAUCAAACGCAGAUCAUCAACAGCACUCUGCUAACUAACAGCUCUGAGUACACCGGGAAGACUGCGUACGGCGGGUACACGUAUCAGACUACCGCGAAGUAUUACUCGGGCUUUCUGCCAAACACGAGCUACGGCGUCAACCACAACCUAUCCGUUGGAAACGCCCAGACGAACGCGGUCGAUGGCUGGCUGGCCGUGCUGACGGUGAAGAUCGUGGAUCAACCGCAGUCAUCGAGCGCACGGCUAGCAUGGUCGACGCCGUCAUGGCAGGCAUUGUUACUUUCCAUCGUAGCAGCAUUCUUCCUCCAUACCAUGGCCUUGACAAUAUCCGUUUAG